GGAGGACGGUGGGGAGAGGAGGGGUGUGGCGAGGGGAGGGGGCACAGACAGGAGGACCGCGGACCCGGGGAUGGGAGAGCAGGGAGGAUGGUGGGGAGAGGAAGGAGGAUGAUGGGGAGGGGGGGGUGCAGCAAGGGGAGGGAGGGGCUCGGGGGGGGGGCACAGCGGGCUGUGGGUGGCGGCGGCGCGCAGCGACACAGCGUUCCGCGGCGGGGACGAGCGAGCGCCGCGCCCGCACCUCCUCGCACAGCCCGCACCGCGCGCCCUGAGGAGCGGCCGCCGCCGCCGCCGCCGCCGCCGAGUCGAUCCGCGUCACUUCGGCGCUCCUGCCGCUCCUGGCGCCGCGAUGGCCCCGGCCCUCUGGCCGCUCCUCAGCCGCAUCUUCUGUCUCGCCUGCCUCCUGCCCUUGGCCCCGGCGAGGGUGGCCGCAGGCCUGUAUGAACUCCGCCUUACCACCGAUGGCCCUGCCACCACGGGGGCAGAGGUGACCAUCACGGCCAGCCUGGUGGCCAGCGACAAUGGCAGCCUGGUCCUGCCCACCAACACCCACCUCUCCCGCUUCCACUGGAUCCAUACCCCACUGCUGCUCACGGGGAAGACUGAUGAGGCUUUCAGCUCGACCAUCCGUGUCGUGGGUAAUGUGCCUGGGGACUUCCCGGUCUCUGUCUGGGUCACCGCCGCCAACUGUUGGAUGUGCCAGCCUGUGGCGAAGAGCCUCCUUGUCCUCCCCAUCACAGAGUUCCUCGUGGGGAACCUCGUCGUCACCCAGAACACCUCCCUGCCCUGGCCCAGCUCCUACCUCACCAAGACGGUCCUUAAAGUCUCCUUCCUCCUCCACGACCCCAGCGACUUCUUCAAGACUGCCUCGUUUCUCUACAGCUGGGACUUCGGAGAUGGCACCCUGAUGGUGACUGAAGACCCUAUGGUCUAUUAUAACUAUUCGAUCAUUGGAACCUUCACCGUGAAGCUCAAAGUGGUGGCAGAAUGGGAGCAGGCCUCACUGGACGCGGGGAAGGGCAUCGUGCAGAAGACAGGCGACUUCUCCGCCUCCCUGAAGCUGCAGGAAACCCUUCAAGGCAUCCAGGUCUUGGGGCCCACCCUAAUUCAGACCUUCCAAAAGAUGAUAGUGACCUUGAACUUCCUGGGGAGCCCCCCUCUGACCGUGUGCUGGCGUCUCAAGCCCGAGUGCCUCCCGCUGGAGGAAGGGGAAUGCCACCCAGUGUCAGUGGCCAGCACAGCUUACAACCUGACCCACACCUUCAGGGAUCCAGGGGACUACUGCUUCAGCAUCCGGGCUGAGAAUGUCAUCAGCAAGACGCAUCAGUACCACAGGAUCCAGGUGUGGCCCUCCAGCAUCCAGCCAGCUGUCUUUGCUUUCCCAUGUGCCACGCUUAUCACCAUGAUGCUGGCCUUCAUCAUGUACAUGACCCUGAGGAAUGCUGCUCAGCAGAAGGACAUGGUGGAGGUGGCUGAUUUUGACUUUUCCCCCAUGUCUGACAAGAACUCGGAGCCACCCGCUGGGGUCAGGUGCUGCUGCCAGAUGUGCUGUGGGCCCUUCUUGCUGGAGACUCCAUCUGAGUACCUGGAAGUCGUCCGUGAGAACCAUGGGCUGCUGCCACCCCUCUACAAGUCUGUCAAAACUUACACAGUGUGAGCCCCCCACCCCGUCUCAGUGUUAACUGACUGCCGACUUGGCGCUUAGCGCAGGGUGGUGCACGCCAUCAAGCAGGGGGGGUUCAUGUGUGUGGGGCAGUCCACUGGGGCCAGCCAU